CUUUUCAUGUUAACAAAAGAUGAGCAUUAUUAUGAACAUUUCCUUUUAAAUGAUUCAAACUUAUCAGACAAAUCAUUUGAAAUAAGAGUAUUAAUAUUAAUGAUUAUCUUAGUUUCAUCUCUUUGCUACUCAAUAUUUCCAGCAAUAAAAUUGUUAUCAUACAACAAAGUAUCACAGAUAAUAAUGUGAAUUUAUGUCAUCCGAAUAUUAAAGAUCUAUUGCUCUUAGCAAUUUAGAACUUUAAUUGUCAUUCAUGUAGAACAAAACCAAUCACGGAUUGUGA